AUGUCGGAGCAGAAGGAUGUGAACAAGGAGGUCACCAGGUUGUGGCGAGCCUGGAGGACGGCACACGAGAUGGCCGCGGAUCGCGGUUACGAGCUGGCCGAGGAGGAACUCACAAUCUCUCUUGACCGCUUCAAGAUGGAGUACACCAGCGGUGACGGAAGCGUAAACCGUGGCAAGCUCCAGUUCUCCGCCAACCCCUCUGCCGACAUGAUCCGCAAGUUCACCCCUCCGCCGACGUCCCAGAACCCCAACCCGACACCCGAGUGCGGCACCCUCUGGGUCGAGUUCCUUGCCGAUACGACGUUUGGUAUCAAGGAGAUCAAGAAGUUCAUCCACCACCUUAUCAGCAACAAGUACUCGUCCGGCAUCAUGGUCACCCACGUGCCCCUGUCCCCCGCCGCGCGCAAGAUGCUGGUCACCAUAGAGUCGUUCGCCAAGGUCGAGUGCUUCCUGGAGGAGGACCUGCUGGUCAACAUCACCAAGCACGAGCUCGUCCCCAGGCACAUCCUGCUGAGCCGCGAGGAGAAGAUUGCGCUGCUCAAGCGCUACCGCCUCAAGGAGACCCAGCUGCCCCGCAUCUUGCAAAAGGACCCCGUCGCCAAGUACCUCGGUCUGAAGCGCGGCCAGGUCGUCAAGAUCAUCCGUAACUCCGAGACGGCCGGUCGCUAUGCCAGUUACCGUUUGUGUGUAUGA